AGCACUCAUUUCUUUUCACCUGUACUCAACUUUGUACAUCUGCCAAGAUGGUGGAAAAGAUGACAAUAAAGAACAUGACUUUCAAGGUUGGACAAACCCUGACUCUUGUUGGCGUGAUCAAACCUGAUCCCAAAGAAUUCACGCUGGAUAUUGGCCCCAGCGUGGACAGAAUUGCAUUUCAUUUCAACCCUCGCUUUAAUGCAAAGGGACAGACAAAUAAAAUCGUCUGCAAUUCUUUGGAGGCAGGCAAUUGGUGUAAGGAGCAACAUGAGGAUUGUUUUCCUUUCAGCGAGGGAAAGGAGUUCAAGAUCGCCAUUAAAUUCACACCUUCAGAGUUUGUGGUGACUUUACCAAAUGGCUCAACAUUCUGUUUUCCCAACCGCAUAGGUGCAAGGAAGUACUCUGUCAUUCGUUUUGGUCAAGAUGCUCACAUUAGAAGCAUUGAGAUCAAGUAAAUCUACAUCAUCAAUUCACAUUGCUUGUUUUAUUUUUCUGCUUGUCUAUCAGUAGGUAAUAUGUCCCCAAAGGUGGAUGGUGACCGUGCCAACCUUGAAUCUCAUCACUAAUUUCAUUUUUUAUCUUAAAGGAAUUUAGUUUGUUGAGAGCCUGAUCCAAACAGUUUUGGAUGUAAAGAUGGGAUGUAAGAUAAAUAUUUUCUUUGGUUCUUGACACAGAUAACUGAAGAUGUCAUACGCAGUUUUAAAGUAGCCAAAGUGAUUUUUCUGUUUGGAGUUAGCAGUUUGCUUGCAAAAAUUAAAUAAAGUGUGAUCAAGGUUUUCUGCAAGGUGUCUUAAAGUACUAAAGCAUUUGUCUGAAUUCCCAAGACAUUUCACUUGUUCUUUCUUUAUUGCA